AAUCACAUGACCAAGUCAUAUGGUAAAAGAAUUGUCAAGAUGGCGCUGAUCUCUAAAGGAUUCCUAUUACUUUUGGCUGUUCAAAUACUAUCCGUAUUAAGCGACAAUACCAAGAGAAAAGUAACAAUAACACCUUGGCCUGAUUGUGAUAAAAAUGAAUGUGAAGAGGCAAGACUAGCAGGUAGAAAUGUUGUGUAUGCUAAAGCAGCGACAACCAACAAUGACAUCCUCCACUAUGUCUUCAGCACCAUUGGACUGCCUACAGUGCUGCUUGUCCGAACUACUGGAGAAGACAACAGCUUAUUUUUUAACUGGACAAUGUUAAAUGAAUCCUCCAUAUUUGGAGCUAUCAAUUUUGGUGAAAAGAAAGUUAAUAUCAAUUACACAUUUGCUGUGGCAUUUACCAGAUUAAUUGAGUACGAUGACAAAGAUGACUCAGCAGACUUGGAAGCUAAUCAAAAGAAAGACACUACCAGAUGGUUGAUCAGAGACUUUAAUGAAUUCCCAUGGCAAAAUGUCUCAGUGAAUGAAAAAACAAACUCCUUUGUGUUUAACAUCAGCAAAGAGGUUAUGGAUGAAACUUCAGAAACAAAUAAUGGAACCAUUAGCUUUACUUUUUCAGUCAAGGGAGAUAAUGGCAGAGCCUCAGAGUUGCCCUGCUUGUUAUAUGGGGCCAAUGAAACCAUGUUUGACUUCAUUAUGGCCAAUUUUACACCAUCCUUCAACAAUUCAAGGUUUGCUCUAGAGGCUGUUGUGGUCAGUAAGUCUGAUAUGCAUACCAAAGAGAUGGACGUUGAACAGACUGAGUCCAUUGAUGAUGAAUAUACACCCGGUGUUUUUCAGAUCAUUGAUUGGUUGACCAACCCACAACGCAAGGAUAUUUCAGGAUUUUUUCAGUGGAAACCUGUGUCAUACAUCAGUAAAUCCAGGGGACGCAACACUGCAUCUAAAGUGAACUACUACAAGCUGAAGAACCUGAAUGACCUCAACGCCACUCUAGAAUCUUCGCUCAUUAACAAUACAGUUGUUGCUGCCUUUAUUAGUGAGUCUCUAUGGCAUGAAGAAGAAUAUAAAAUGAAGUUUGCCAACAUCUCUUUUGGCAUUCCUAAAGAUGGAUUCUAUGUAAAAAAUAACUACUCUGUUUGGACUGCUGCAAUAGGCUAUGGCACACCACCUGAGGACACAAUAUCUGCCACAGUCAUCAUAACUAUAUCAGCUGGCUUGGGUAUACCUGUCAUUAUCAUCAUUGUAGGAGGCAUCUACUCCAUUAUACGCAAGAUGCGCACCAAGUCUACUGCCUAUCAGCCUAUCAGUGCAGACAGCAGGAACCAGUAUCAGAAGGAAUAAAGCAGUGUGUGAAGAAUGAAUACAGACAUUCCUUUCAGUGGUAACCUUGUACAAUAUUUUCAGAUUCGUUCUUUUUUUGUGUGUGUACAUAAUUCUAUUAGAAACUGUUAGUAUUUAACUUAAUUUUUAAGAAUUUUUGUUUUUAUUAAAUUAAUGACUCUUUUGUUAAACUUCAAUUGAGCACUUUUCAUUGACGUGUGUGCGUGACAAAUAAUGUAUUAGUAUGCACAAAAUACCAGAAUCUAAGCUUUAAAAAGUGAUAAUUUAAAAAUAUUUUUACAACUAUUAAACUGAUUUAUUUAAACUAGCACUUUUUUAAAUUUUUGCUGAAAGGAAUUUGUUUUCUGUGUCAAUGAAAAUGUUGCUUUUGUGAAAUAUUUCUGCUUCAAUAUAUAAUAAUCUUACCCCUAAUGAAUAGGAUUUACUUGAUUUGUUUUUAAAUUAAUUCUAACAUACAGACUGUUGUAAUAGUAUAUUCAAAUUGUUUCAUAAGGGUUUUAUUGUUCCCUAUUUAAAUAAUUAUUUUUCCAAAUAAAAUAGUAUUGUACAGGAAGGAACCCCUAAAGAAAUAGUCACUUUGAUAUAUUAGUCUUUUAAAAAUGUAAUGCAUGUUAUUUUUUGACAUGCUUUUAUGCACAUUAUUUUAUCAUUUUUAAUAACUUGUUCUUUAUAAUACUCUUUUUUUUUAAAGCUACUGUUCAAAAACACUUUUUCUUUUGUUCAAUAACUUUCUUGAUGAUAAGGAAUUGAAAUAUUUUUGCAAUGAAAUAAAUGGAAGGUGUUGUCGUUUCAUGUGGUGCAGGCUCUGUAACACUUUUUAAAAUACCUAAAAUAGGGUAUGUUUCAAAUACUAAUCAGUUUUUUAAUAAUAAUAUUUGUAGUAUUCAGUCUACUUGAUAACAUUUUUAUACAAGCAAAUAGAAACAUCAUAGCAAUUAGUACUGCUGAGUGACAUAAGAUUAUGAAUUAAACUAUUUUCACUUAA